GCUUGAUUAUAUUAUAAAACAUGCCCCUCUUUGAUUACUUUGCCGAACAUCACGAAGAAUUUGAAAACUCACAUCACGGCAGUGUUACCUAUGUCCUCCUUGGUGACGCUGCUGCUUACGAAGCGGCAAAGGCUUAUGAAGAGCGCGGUGGUCGUCGAGGUCCGGAAUAUGAUCGUGCCAUGGCCAAGAAAGUUCUUGCAGAUCUUGCCGCCGCUAACGUUGAUAGACUUGUUGAAACCAAGGGUUUGCACCACAUUGACAAGGCGAAGGCCAAGCGACACGCUGAAGAACUAAUUUCUGAUAAAUGCGACCAAUAUUAUGGAUUGUAUUGAUUGAUUUUUAUAUUGUGUGUAUCUUUUGUAUAUUCCUUUCCGC